ACUUACUCUACGCACGCCCUGCUUUGUAUGUUUGGAGCCGCUUCCCGCCAGAGCGUGGCAUAAGUAUAUUGGCAAAACUCGAGCCCGUCUGCGUCGACUUUCCUUCCUUUCCUUUCUUUGUCAAAUCUUUAGCCAUUGUCGUAUUGUCUUCUAUUCAAAAAUGGGUAAGGGAGGUCGUAUCGCGUGCAUCGCGGUGCCAUAUCUAUGGACGAUAGGUGCUUUAGUUGCCAUCAUUUUCGUGGGCAUCGGUUCCACGGAUUCUGAUUCAGCUACACUAAACAAGCUGUAUUUUAUGAGGGCCGAUCUCUCCAAUGUCACGGCCGUUGAAGCGACUAGAUUCGGCGACCAGCUGCUGAACCUCACCUCAACCGCUAUGCGAAAUGCUAAUGCCACCGAGGAGCUUGCCGCGGCUAUGGAGGAGGCGGAGAAGGACGGCGAACUACGCGAUUUCUACAACAUUGGUCUCUUCGGUUAUUGCUCCGGAGACAAGGAACACAACGAAUUUAACGUCGACUUCUGCAGCAAGCCCAAGGGAAGCUUUUGGUUCAACCCGCUGGAGGUCUGGCACUUGAACAUCAGCGGCGUGCCUGACUUGCUCCCAACGCACCUCCAGUCUGAGCUCAAGACUUACCAAAAGGUGUCUCACUGGAUGUUUGUUUCAUACGUCCUUGCCUUUGCCACCACCUGUCUUCAGCUGCUUGUUGGCUUUUCGGCCAUUUUCAGCCGCAUUGGAAGCCUGGCUACAACCGUCGUGGCUGUGGUCGCAACCAUCUUCAUGUUCGCUGCAAGCAUUACUUCAACCGCUCUGUUUGUAGUCUUGACCGGUGUCUUCAACUCCUCCCUCAAAGAAUACGGUGUCAAGGCCAACUUGGGCGGCAACCUUUUUGCCGCAUCAUGGCUCGCCGCUGCGUUAUCCCUGGCAAGCUCAGUCCUGUGGCUCUUCAGCUCUUGUUGCUGCUCGGGCCGCUCUUCAGCUCCUCGCUCUUCUCCGCAGCACAGCUACGAAAAGGUUGAUAUGGGAGCUGGCUCUGGCUCUCACACAGGUCAUACCACAGCACCCGCACCCACCUUCGAUAACACAAAUACGGCAUACGAACCAUACCGCCACAAAUAAACACGCAAUGGCAUACCGACUUCCUAUGUUAUGAGGACGGGGAAAAGAGAGAAUUUACACGGUGUAUAUAGUAUUUUUUAGCUUAGGAGGGGCUGGCUUUUCUUUUCUUUCUUUUACCUUGAUGUAUAGAGCGUGAUUUUUGUCAAUGGACGGGGACAAAUUAUAGGCGCCAGUGCUGGAACUCUUAUAUCAGAGCGGUUACGCUCAAGCAAAAUGUAUAAAUUUUAAGACAUUCGUGGAG